AUGAGAGGAGGUGGAAGUGUUGUGCAGAGCAAGGAGGACGAGGAAAUGGAUAGAUGGACCAAGAAGAUAGAAGAGGAGACGAGUGCAGAAAUUUGUCCGGAAGCAGUAAUACUAGUCCGUUAUGGUGGCCCGCAAGGUGAAGAUGAGGAUCCUGAAGCGGCAAGAAAGGCUGCCGAAGAGCGAGCUCGCAAGAAGGCAGAAGUGCGUAGACGUCUGGAAGAGGCCAGUCGAGCGAAGAAAGCCAAAAAAGGCUUCCUGACACCGGAAAGAAAAAAGAAGCUUCGCAAGCUUUUGAUGAUGAAAGCGGCAGAAGAUCUGAAAGAGCAGCAGAUGCUCAAGGAGCAAGAAAGACAGCGUACUUUACAGGAGCGUAUCUUACCUUUGCCGGAUCUGGACGGCACACCUGAUGAUGAACUUGAGGCGAUUGCCAAAAAAAUGGCGGAAAGGCUGUUACAGCUGGAAAGCGAGCAUUACGAUAUCAAUUAUAUAGUACGCCAGAAGGACUUCGAAAUCAACGAACUAACCAUUUCCGUCAACGAUUUAAGAGGCAAAUUCGUCAAACCAACACUGAAGAAAGUAUCCAAAACUGAUAGCAGGUUUGAUAAGCUGAGGAAGAAGGAUCAGAACUUCGUCAACUUCCGCAAUAAUUUGAAAAACGUGGAAAGCAAAAAAUUUGCCUUGAAAGAGGUUUGCUUUCAGUAA